AUGGGGGCCGCAGCGUCGUCCCUCCUGCCCCUGCGCUGCGGUGCACAGUGCUGGGAAACUGCCCCUGCCAGGCAGCAGCUUGAUACCCUGGGGCCCUUCGUUGCAGACUCCCUGGCGUCAGGCGACGACGAUGAGGACGGCGACGGGGACGUCCCUCUGGGGGAUUCGCGCGAGGAGCUCCAGCACGUCCGCAGAGCGCCCUACUGGACGCACCCCCACCGCAUGGACAAGAAGCUGUACGCGGUGCCCGCGGGCAACACCGUCAAGUUUCGCUGCCCGGCGUCGGGGAGCCCCAGCCCCGGCAUCCGCUGGCUGAAGAAUGGGCACGAGUUUCGGGGAGAGCAUCGCAUCGGCGGCAUCCGGCUGCGGCACCAGCACUGGAGCCUGGUCAUGGAGAGCGUGGUGCCCUCCGACCGCGGCAACUACACCUGCCUGGUGGAGAACAAGUUCGGCAGGAUCCGCUACAGCUACCUGCUGGACGUGCUGGAGCGGUCCCCGCACAGGCCCAUCCUGCAGGCCGGGCUGCCGGCCAACACCACGGCCCAGGCUGGCAGCGACGUGGAGUUCUUCUGCAAGGUGUACAGCGACGCGCAGCCCCACAUCCAGUGGCUCAAGCACAUCAAGCUGAACGGCAGCAGCUACGGCCCCGACGGCAUCCCCUACGUCCAAGUGCUCAAGACUGCCGACAUCAACAGCUCGGGGAUCGAGGUGCUGUAUCUGCGCAACGUCUCCAUGGAGGACGCCGGCGAGUACACCUGCCUGGCCGGGAACUCCAUUGGCCUGUCCCACCAGUCGGCCUGGCUCACCGUGCUCCCAGAGGAGGAGUGGGCCUGGGAGGUGGAGGCCCCGGAGGUCAAGUCCACCGACAUCAUCAUCUACACGUCCGGCUCCCUGGCCGUCGUCAUGGCGGCUGUCAUCAUGGUCCUGUGCCGGAUGCAGACGCGGCCGAGCAAGCAGCCCCUGGAGCCCGUGCCCGUCCACAAGCUCUCCAAGUUCCCGCUCAUGAGGCAGUUCUCGCUGGACUCGAGCUCCUCGGGGAAGUCCAGCACAUCCUUGAUGCGUGUCACCCGCCUGUCGUCCAGCUGCACCCCGAUGCUGACCGGCGUCCUGGAGCUCGAGCUGCCCCUGGACUCCAUGUGGGAGUUCCCCCGUGACAAGCUGGCACUCAGCAAGCCCCUGGGGGAAGGCUGCUUCGGGCAGGUGGUGCGGGCAGAGGCCUACGGCAUCGACCGUGACCAGCCCGAGAGAGCAGUCACGGUGGCCGUCAAGAUGCUCAAAGACAGCGCCACGGACAAGGACUUGGCCGACCUGAUCUCAGAGAUGGAGAUGAUGAAGCUGAUGGACAAACACAAGAACAUCAUCAACCUGCUGGGGGUCUGCACGCAGGACGGGCCACUGUAUGUCAUCGUGGAGUUUGCCGCCAAGGGGAACCUGCGUGAGUUCCUGCGCGCCCGGCGCCCACCCACACCUGACUACGCCUUCGACGCCGCCCGCCCGCCUGACGAGCAGCUCUCCUUCAAGGACCUCGUGUCCUGCGUCUACCAGGUGGCCCGCGGCAUGGAGUACCUGGAGUCCAAGCGGUGCAUCCACCGAGACCUGGCCGCCCGCAACGUGCUGGUGACAGAGGAGAACGUGAUGAAGAUUGCUGACUUCGGGCUGGCCCGCGACGUCCACGACAUCGACUACUACAAGAAGACAAGCAACGGCCGCCUGCCGGUGAAGUGGAUGGCACCAGAGGCCCUGUUUGACCGUGUGUACACGCACCAGAGCGACGUGUGGUCAUUUGGCAUCCUGAUGUGGGAGAUCUUCACGCUGGGCGGGUCACCCUACCCUGGCAUCCCCGUGGAGGAGCUCUUCAAGCUCCUGCGCGAAGGGCACCGCAUGGACAAGCCGGCCAACUGCACGCACGAGCUGUACAUGCUGAUGCGGGAGUGCUGGCACGCCGUGCCCUCGCAGCGCCCUACCUUCAAGCAGCUGGUGGAGGCGCUGGACAAGAUCUUGGCCGCUGUCUCCGAGGAGUACCUGGACCUGUCCAUGCCCUUCGAGCAGUACUCGCCCUCCUGUGAGGACACCACCAGCACCUGCUCCUCCUCCGACUCCGUCUUCACCCACGAUCCCCUGCCCCUGGCGCCCUGCCUCUUCACCUACCCGGGUGGCCGGACAUGAGGCCCUGCAAGCACCUGGCAGAGCUGCUGAUGGCACCAGGGCCCGGUGGUUGGUGCCACCCAGCGCUGGGGCCCAGCGCGCUCCCAGGAGGACUGCAAGCAGCUGCCCCAGGGACAGGACUUCUCCGCUGCUGCCCUGUGAUGCCCCUGCUUCCUGCCCGGGCUGCCCCCCUGGGUACAGCAGAGGGAGCGGGUCCACGUGGGGCAGCGCCAGGCACCGGGGAGCUGCGUGCGGGCCCUGCGGGCUGCCUGCCCCCUCCACGGACUUUACAGAGCCUCUCCUCUCACUGGUGGGCCCAGGCCCCCUCUUCAUGUCCCAGAGGAUUUUUAUAUCUGUGUGCGUCCGGCAGCCUCGAUAAAUUAUUUUUUGGAGUAA